UAUCUGUUUUCUCCUUCAGCAGUCCAUUGCAAUUCAGCCAUUGGAGACUCUUGUGCCAACUCUUCAACUGCUUGCUCUCUCGCAAAAACUUUAAUUUCUUUUUUGGGCUUAUUUUGGUCAUAAGGGCAGGCAAUCAAGCAAGUCAGUCAUGGAUGUCAGCCUGUUACAGAGGCAGUUAAUUAAUUACAGGGGUUCUCUGUAUAACGAGGGAAUUUUGGAUGAUCAGUUCAACCAGCUUCAGAGCUUGCAGGAUGAGAGCAACCCAUAUUUUGUGGUUGAGGUGGUGUGCCUUUUCUUUGAAGAUUCUGAGAAGCUUCUCAAUAAUUUGACCAUUACUCUUGAACAACCGAUAGUAGAUUUCAAAAAAGUUGACAGCCAUGUCCACCAAUUCAAGGGUAGUAGUUCCAGCAUAGGUGCUCAAAGAAUAAAGAAUAUCUGCAUGGAAUUCAGAAGCUACUGCGAGGCACAGAACCUUGAAGGGUGCCGUGGAUGUCUUCAAAAAGCCAAAAAUGAGUACUUAAUUCUCAAGGGCAAGCUUGAAACUCUGUUUGGGUUGGAGCGACAGAUCUUGACUGCUGGUGGGUCAAUUCCUAUGGAACAGAUGGGUUGAUGUUGUCACCGUCACCUACAGACAAAAACAAAGAGAGUGAAGGAUUGAUGUUACAGAGAGCUGUUCUUAGUUUUUGUAGUUGAUAAAUCAUGUUUAAGUUGCUAGGAUUAUCUUAGACUUAUUUUUAAAGCUUGUAUGAGGAUAGUGAGUCAGUGAUAAUGUGAAUAAAAUCUAUCAUCUUCUUCUU